CGGCCGGCGGCCGGCCGGCGGAAGGGCGCGACGCCACGCCCGCCCGGCCCUCGCUGAUGGAUGAUCUGGCCGUCUCGGACGAUUCCUCGGACUCGGACUCGGUUCCCAGCUCGCAGAACUCGUCCUCGUCGUCCUCGUCGUCCUCCUCCGGUGCCUCGUCCUCGUCCUCCGCUCCCGGUGCCCCAUCACCUCCGUCGUCGAGCGUCUCGCCAGCGGUGGGCAGUGCGUCUGGCACCGCGCCGCCUGCCUCGCCGCACGUGGUGCGCCCGAUGGACGCGUCUGGCGAGCCGCUGCCCUGGAACCGCACCAACGACCCGCUGGGUAUCGGGUUUGCGGCCGAGCUGCUGUACCGGCCGCCGGAGCGCGGGCCGGGCUCCCCCAACGUCAGCUACUGCGUCCUCUGCUGGGACGGCGGCGACCUGGUGCUCUGUGACUACUGCGAACGGGCCUUCCACCGCGACUGCUACGUCGGCGAGGUCGAGGACGACGCGGAAGGCCAGUGGCGGUGCCUGCUGUGUUCGGAGCCGCCACGGCUGGCCGGGCCGGACCGCCCCCGCCCUGAGCGGCUCCUGGCCUCCGCCGACCUCCUCAUGGCACGCCGCCUGCUGCUCGAGCUGUAUGCCGCCUAUUAUCCUUGCCUCUACUUCAGGAGCCGCAGUAACUUGGAGCUACUGCCAGAGUGGAGGAAACUCAAGGACCCGAUCUGCCUGGACGACAUCAAGGAGCGCCUGAGCCAUGGGAAAUACACCUCACUCAUGGACCUCCUCAAGGCGCUGAAGCGUCUGAUGGACAUGAUACGGUCCCUGAAGAAGGGGAGCGUCGGGAGGAAGUACCUGAAGGAGCUGGAAGAGGUGUUCGACAGCUUUGUUCGCGACCACAUGCACGAGUUCUGGUUACAGUUAGACGAAUCAUCGUCCCGGUAACCCAGCGUCUUCGGCGUCGGUUGGCGGCACAAUGUGUUGUGCGAUUCCGUUGCGCCCCGAACGUCGGGGCAUUGUCGGUGGUGAUUCAAAGUAUUCUCCCACGUCCGCUGUUACUUUUGUCCUGUUGUGGUUCUGGGGAGAUGCCGAACUGCGUCAUUUUAUUUUUUUAAGCGUUACAGUCAAGAGAUUAAGAGAGAAACCAAAGCUGACAAUGUUUAUGGUGUAAUAAUGCCUUUCAGUUGUGUGUGUUUGUGGCAUUGUCCGCGAAGCGCACGAGGAUACAAUGGCGGCUGUGGUUUUUCGGUCGCAUAUCAUGGAAUUUAUAUCAAGGGGGCCAAGUUAAGGUAAACGGUGAUGCCAAGCCACUGUUAGGACAUGCCAUGGGGUCGCUAAUUACAUAUUUGCAUGACACAUCCUUGAUGAAACUUAACAUUUUCGUAAUAUAUGCGAAUGAUUGCUUUAUAACAUCGUUUAACCAAUGCCUUUUGUUGCACUGAAAGUAGUUU